UUUAACUCAAACUGGACAAAAUUGGAGCAAUUGACACCGGAAGAGGAGUCCAAAACCUCUCUAUAUAAAUUCAUCACAGUGAUUUUGGAUGUAACUAUCAAAUAUUCAAAAUUUCCCGCUUCAUAAUACGGGGCGAAAAUGAGAGAUUUCCAGCUACAAACACCGCAGCGGGAUCAGAUUCCUUCAAAUCACCGAUCAAAAUCCAACUCUGAUCUCAAUAAAAAGCCUCAAAAGUUCCCGCGAAAGAACUUGAAUAAUGUCUUUAAGGCAGUUUCUGAAGAGGAUCCUUUGGCUUUUCAAUUUUCAAAGGAAUUGAUUGAAUCGGUAUCUGAAGUUUCUGAUCAUAAUCCGUUCAAUGAAUCUGAUGAGAACUUCCUUGUAAAUCCAGUGGCUACACCUACAACAAAAACAGAAACAGUUGCUCUGACUGAUCUCUCUCCAUCGUCGUCCUCUUUGUUAUCUACAAUUACUUAUGAUAAAGACAUAGCUAACAAUGCCUCGAAAAACAAAUGUGUAAAUCCUGAAAUCAACUCUGUCAAGAACAUGGAAUCUAUUGAGGUGGAUAUAGUGAUAAAGCAUCUGAAAGAUGCUAGAGUUCAGGUCUUGAAUUCAAGUGAUGUGAACUAUUCAAAGAAGCUUCUAGACGCUCUGAUAAAUGUUGUCAUUGAAGAUUUCUAUGGUGGUUUGUAUGAAGAGAAGGACCGGCUAAAUAAAUUAGUUUUGAGCAAAGUUCGUGUGGUUUCCCUAAGUAUUCUGGUUGGUAUUCUUGCUGUUUCAGUAUUUUUGUUCUCAAAUUCUGGAGCAAAAGGCCUUCAUAAUGGACUGACACCAACUUGACACAAUUUAUCUCUUGGAUGAUUAGUACAUCAAGUUUGAGUCUUUCUCCAAUCACAGAUGUAUUUUCUUCCUGUCCUCUGAUGAUAUGUCAAUGAAGAAAAGAAGCUAAAAGCAAGUUUAUUAUAUUGUUGAAUCAUUUCUAGUACUGCAUACUAUACAGUAGUUAGUAGUUGUUGCUGAACUUUUUAUUGGUAUUAAAGUCGUAAUAAUACAUAAUAUUGGGAUUUGUGUAUA